UGUCGGUGCCAGCGUCGUCGUGACGCUCUUCCAUCUCUGAGAGUCUUCCUCGAGUCCCUCAACUCCGUGUCGAACGUUAUAGAACUUCGUCCACAGCCGUGAACCUAUAAUAUAUAACAGUUACUCGGAAAAUUGAAUGCCAUCAUGCGAAAUUAUUAUAAGUGUUCUUAAUGGAAAGAUUUAUCUCCUGAACAUAUUAAUAUUUUUGCGUUUGACCUAUGGGAAAACACAUAAGUAUAGCAAAACGAUUUAAUUACGUAAUGAAUAAAGCCUCUGAGUGAAGGGCACGAUCAUCAGAAUUUUAACUUUUCAAGCAUCUGCUCGGAAAUGUGACUAUUCCAAUAGUCCGGGAAAACCAAAACAACCUCAAAAUCCCAACCGAAAGACCUCUCUAGAACCAACAGAUUUCCGAUAACAGUCAGAUCGAGUUCAUCUUCCCAACUCGAAAUUAGGACUGCCGAACGUGACGUAACAAAAGUUCAGACCAGCAUGCGAACGGAAAUGGUGACUAGCGCGUCUACUGUUUUAUAAAGAGCUCAAGAAUUUGCAUCGCAAUCCAUAAGAAAAUCAUACCGUCAGCCGAGAGGACGUCAAGACAACAGAAGCCAAAAACGCAACUUAGUGAAACGCAACGGUACAAACGAGGAAACUCUAAUACCUCUUCCCUAAAAUAUUUGUAAACUUCGUGUGGAAUCGGUGAUAUUUGUGUUUCAACUAUUGACUCAAUAACUGUCUUUGGAUGAAGUGAACCGUGAAAUAAAAAUCCCAGUAUUUCUAAAACGUUAAUCUUCAGACCAGACUUUAGUCCCGUAAUCUUUGUAAAGUUUCUUUCAUACACUGUAAAGAGGGCUCGUUUAUAAAGUAACGUUAUAACUCGAGUUUGUGGAAGCUCAGAAGACGAGCGAGUUUUUGUCUAUUGCGACGAGUAGAAGUCUCAGGCUCAACGAUGUCUCAAAUGCACAAGAAGAGCGUGGAGGAGUUGAUGGAAUGCCUGAAGGUGGCAGAGCAACUUGCGCAGCUGUCACUCGCACCUGUAGUAUCCUGCAGCAGGCGAGGAAAGAAAUCCUUCCUUCAGCAGACGAUCGAGUCACGUGACGACGCGAAGGCACCGACACCUUACGUUCCACCCAAGCAACUGUUACUCUAUCUAGUCAGGAUGGGCAGCUUCACGUCCAAGCCGCAAGUAGCAAGCAGUGCGGGGCAGGACGACAGCGUGCAGCCUCCUGUAGGAGCAAGUCACGACGAGAUCCUAGAGUGGGUCAGGGGUCAUCUAGUCAAGCUCCCUCCCCAGCUCCAACGACACUACAGACACACCCCUGGCCCGAGCCUCUCUAGUCUUCACACCUCAACGGCGCCUCCAGCAGCGACUUUUAGGCUCAUGCAAUGGAAUGUUCUAGCGCAGGCUCUAGGAGCCCACGCCGACAACUUCGUGAUGUGCCCGAAAGAAGCUCUAUGUUGGGACACGCGGCGCUUCAGGAUACUUGAGGAGAUCUUGGUACAUCAGCCAGACAUUGUCUGCCUCCAGGAGGUGGAUCACUUUUCACUUUUGGAGCGCGUUUUAGGAUCCCAAGGCUAUGAGGGCUUUUUCGUCCCCAAGCCAGACUCGCCAUGCAUUUACGUCCCAGAGAACAGCGGGCCUGACGGCUGUGCCUUGUUCUAUCGUACCGCGAAAUUUAAAUUGAUUGAGCAGCACUCCAGAAUCCUAGAAGUUUGGCGCGUCCAGAGCAACCAAGUGGCGCUACUCGUAACGCUGCGGGAACGUCAAAGCCAGCGGGAGUUCACGGUCCUCACGACGCACCUUAAAGCCAAGCAAGGCGCUCUCCUCGCUAGCCUCCGAAACGAGCAAGGAAAAGAUCUUCUAGAGUUCCUAGAGCAGCACCGUGGGGGGCGGCCAGCGGUCCUCUGCGGGGACCUUAACGCCGAGCCCAGCGAGCCCGUGUACGCCACCCUCACGCAGGCCCCUUCCCUUGCUCUGUCCUCGGCGUACGCAACCGUAAACAAUGGCGAAGAACCUCCUUAUUCUACUUGGAAGAUUCGCGGCAAUGGGGAGUCUAAGCACAACAUUGACUACGUCCUCUAUACCAGCGAAGGCUCCAGUGUACUUCAAGUUUUGGGUUCUCUGGACCAUCCCAGCGAGGAAGCACUUGGUCCAGGAAGGGCUCCGUCUUUAGCCUAUCCAUCUGACCAUUUUUCGCUGGUGUGCGACUUCGCCCUCCCAGAACUUUCCGACGACGCCCAGGAAGAGAGAAAUCACCGAAGUCGGUGAUCCCAAGUGUCUAUUCAUAUUUAAAUAAGCCUGGUUAUACCUUGAAUUACGAUACUAAAAAAAAACAAA